CACAAGCUUUUGAGGUGUCCUUCUACUAGAAGUCUUCUUGGUGCAGCAACCACUAAUCAACUUCAAAUGGCGUUAGCUCGUUUGUAUUUGAAGAAUUUUCAUCCAAGGGUCUUUACUCUACCGAGCAAAGUAGUAAACUCCACAAAACAAUCUUGGGAGUCUGAGAUCCGUUGGUUUUCGACGGCACCCACUACAACCGAUAAAGCGUCCAGUGAUGGGAAAUCCAAUGGCCGGGAAGUUGCUGUCUCUGAGGGUGGUGGUGGGAGAUUGAAGCCAUCUUUGAGGAAACGCCGACGGCCGUGGAGCAAUCAGAGGGGGCUCGUUCCAUUCCGUCUACCUGAUUUCUUUCCACGAACGGGCUUCGGGAACGUGUUGAUGCAAGUGCCAGAAAACCUAAACAAGAUCUUGGAGUAAUUGGCGCCAUCCCGCUUGUUUGGUAGGGUGAAGGAGGAUGACAAAUGCUACAAACUACGGUUUGAAGUCCCAGGACUGAGUAAGGAAGACAUUAAGAUGACGAUUGUGGACGGGUUCUUGAUUAUCAAAGGGGAGAACAAGGAGGAAGAAGAAGGAUCUGAUGAUGAUGAUCAAUGGUCAUUCAAAAGCUAUGGCUACUACAACACUAGCCUUCUAUUGCCAGAUGAUGCUAAGAUAGAGGAAAUAAAGGCCGAGUUGAAGGAUGGUAUUCUUAAUAUUACAAUACCGAGGUCAGAAAACCAAAGAAAAGAGGUUAAGGAGGUAAAAAUCCAUUGAGCGCGCGAUACAGGUGCGUGGUUAAGAGGGGUAGUUGGUGAUUAUGGAAAGUACAUAGGAGAUGUUCUUUUUCUUUUUUCUUUUUUCUUUGUUUUUUUUUUUUUCCUUUUUUGUUUUUGUUUUUUUUAAUGGUGGUACCCGGUUUGAAUAGCAGGUCAUUUUGCUU